CCGGGCGGCGAAAGGCGACCGCGGCCGGCAAAAGCAAAAGUCAACGUACGUACAUUCAGUUCCGCUCCGAGGCGGCGAGGAUACUACCGACAGUGUGGCAUCGAAAGGAGUCAGUUUCCGCGUAGUCUUCGGUACGUCGGUCACGCCAGGUGUUGUUUAUCUACCUGUCCGCUCCGCGAAUCUCUACAUUACGCGUGAGGGAGAAAGAGAGUACAGAGAGACGUAUACACUGACAAUAAGAGGCAAACACGUACAUAUAUACAAGAGAAGAUCGUCAAGAAGAUGCGUCCGUCGCACCGCGAUGCUCAUGCUCAUCGCGUCCGAAUCGCGCUGCUCUCGCUGGUUGCAGUUUUCUUAAUGCGAAGCUUCGCAGCAUCGGAAGCGGCAAAAACGAACACGACCAGCACUAUUUCCGAGAAUGACGAGGAAGAGCUAUUCGAGAACAUGAAUCUGACAACAUUCAAGGAAAGGUACCGGAGAUUGAUACCCUAUAUGACUUUCUAUGUCGCCAAUAACUACUUGCACGCCCAAGCUACGUUGGAGCAAAAUUACGCGAAAGAUCCAUCGACCAACUUGCUCCGGAAAUCCUCGCCGCCACAGCAGCAUCCUUUGAUCCGGCUCAGUGGCGUGCCGAGGCGAGGAAGUAACAAAUACCGCGUCAAUUUACCCGGUCAGGACAAGAAGUUCGUUCCAUCCGUGCAAUUCGAUCCCAGAAACAUCGGAGGCGACAACGACUACUUUGCACCGGUCAAGUACAGCACCAAGAUCAAUUAUGCUGACUAUUCCACUCCGUCUUAUCAGCUCUAUCAAAUAGAAAAGGCCUAUCCCGAGAUUACCACGCCUUCCAGUCAGAUCUUGCACAAGGAAAAUCGAUAUUUCGUCACCGCGAGACCUCUGCGACCUCCCGUUCCCCCGCGAGAGCAACACUUUGUCAAAAAACCGCCGCUCGGCGAUCUGCAGGACGAUUACGACCAGGAUACGGCGAAGAUACCGAACGUUAUCGUUAACUAUCCCAGUAAAGAAUUCGACGGUCUGAGAUACAUCCCGCCGCCAAUACAUGCGAAUGUGCAGCAGCAGUCGGUGAAAUCAUCCGUCACCUCGCACAUUUAUCGAAAGCCGAACGUGAAUAUCAACAAUUUAAUCGAGAGUUUUCAGUUAUCCGAACAACUGCCGGAGACGUUGAACAAAGAUAACAUCGACAGCAGUAUCAAGACACUCCUGGAGAUUCUUAAUAUUCUGCACAAUUCGCGGCAGGAAAAUUCGCCGCAGUCACAAGGACCGUUGCCGCAGCCGCAAAGACCGUUACCGUCGCCGCCAAGAUUGACUAAUUACAAGCCGAAAACAUACACGCGGCCGAAAGUGAUUACCGAGACGAGAUUCCAAGCGACACCGAAUCCUCUAUUAAUCACAGAUGAUCCCGAACGAUACAAGAUAGCGAACGACGGCGACGUCCAAAUCAAGACACCGUUACAACCAGAUUACAAUGUAAAUCAUAUAAAAGAUGAAAAAGUAGAAUACUACAUUCCUUAUAUUCAGGAUAUUUCAAAUAAACCUAAUCAGCAAAGAUUCAGGCCAACUCCCAGGCCUGAUACGACCGAACACACCUACGAGAUCACGGAAGAUCUCAGUGAUGACAUCCUACCUAAGGACGAACCAUACACCUUGCCGAUUUCUACCGAGGCAUCUAUAAGUCAGGAAUAUGUAGCGCCCAACGAAAUUACGCGCCCAGGACCGAAAACAUCCUUGAAGUACGGUGCGACGCGCGGAAAACCCCACAUCGACUAUCCGGCGUACGCAAUUAUACCGGAAACAGAUUUCAAUUGUAAAGAUCAAAGGUACAAAGGGUUCUUCGGUGAUCCAGCGACCAGAUGCCAAGUGUGGCAUUACUGCGAUCUCAACGGUGGUAAAUCAUCAUUUUUAUGUCCGAACGGCACGAUAUUUAGUCAGGUAGCGUUGACCUGUGAUUGGUGGUUUAAUGUAAAAUGCGAGACAACUACUCAACUAUACGUUUUAAACGAGCGAUUGUACAAAUAUAUUCUGCCUAUUAUGCCCAAGUUUCCCGAAGAUUUUACCGGUCCCGAAGUAGAUCGAUAUUUAGAACUCAAGUUUAAAGAGAUGGAGGCAAAACUAAAGGAGAAGAAAUUGAAGAAACAGCAAGAGGAGAAAGACAAACAUAAAGACAAAACUCAAACAUCGAACGACGAAGAGUAAAGCACAUACAUAAAGCGUUAUGUUCUAAAUAAUUUAGUCGUAACAUAUAUCUGACUCGUUGCCAUUAUAAUAUAUAUAAAGUAAAAAUCGUAAGUCCAUAAGAUUACGAAGCCGAAGAGCUUGCAGAUUCGGAAAAGUGCAAUAUAUAUGAUAGAGUUAUAAUAAGUUAUGAUAAGAUUAUCUUAUCGUUACGGGUAUGAAAUGGCUGAUGAUAUUAUGUAUUAUCUAUUAUCUCUAGUCAUAUGCGUAUUAUGUACUAUUUAUCACCGAAAAUGCUUGCCUAUCUUAUGGAGCUUUAUCCUUUUUGGCCUACCUGGCCUAAAUUUAUUUAUUUUUAUUACUGCAUGACAUAUAUAUAUAUAUAUUUUGCAACAAUUAUACAUCCCUGGGUUCUUCAUCAAAAAAGAUAUAUAAUAAAUAUAGGU